AUGGCCCUCACCAUCUCAGAUCCUAAGGAGACUACCUCAACAGACUCUAAUGAGGGACCCAUAAGGACUAUUCUAGAGGUUAUGGAGGCGAAGAAGUGGAUGGAGAAGUCUGAAGAAAAGAGGGAGGAGAGAAGAAUUGAAGAAAAACAGGUAGAGGAAGAUGAAGUUGCUCGGCUGGAGAAAGAGCAUAAGGAAAAGCGGAGAAGUGAGAGAAAACAAUUCAGGCGAGAAAAGAAGCGCCUGAGGAAAGAGAAAGAGAGAAGGAAAAGGGCAAAAAGUGUGGAUGUUGACGGAGAAUCAACCACCGCAAGGGUGGAAGUGGGGGUGUCGGUACAAUUUAAACCAUCAACGCAACUACAAGCUUCAUGGCCACAUUCCAGACUAGUUGCGUCGGAGGCUCAAAUCCACGGUUCAGACGACAAGAAAGACCCUGACAUCUCCCCAUUAAUGCGGCGUUGCAAGCAGAAUGUGCCGCAAGGGUCCACAGGAGUCCCAACAAUUCAUGAACGCAUAGAGAAAGAGAAGGAAGAAAGAAGAAGAAAAUUAGAGGAGAAGGAAGAGAAAAUGGCACGAGCGCGCCAAAUCAUUGCCUCGGCCGAUUUAGCUAGACGGCUUUAUGAUGAGGAGGUUCGUCGUGACAAUGCAAGGGAAGAAGAAAAAGAGAAAAGAAGGCUCGAGGAUGAGCAGCGCAUUGCACUCAACUCUGAGCAGUUUGAAAAGGAAAUGAGAGAAGAAGAGGAGGCGGAGAAGAAAGAAAAGGAGGAAAAAGUGUUGGGCUGCAAAGAAAACAUUCAGCACACCAGAGAGCGAAAAAGAAAAGAAUGGGAAGAAUGGGAAAAGGAAGAGAAAGAGCAAAGCAAGGAGCGGAAACACAUUCAAAGACAAAAUCCCACCUUGCGUCCGCUCAAGAAAAAGGCAAAGCGAAGGUGGAAAGCAAUGAGCUUGCGUCGACUAAGAGGUGUCCAAAAACCAAGAAGGAAAACGAUGAUUUAUUGA